UGUGACUGGAUCCACGGGUGCUGUGUUUGGGACGCUCGGGUCCUGUACUGUGGCCAGCGUGAGGGCUCCCAGGAGUGCCCCAGCCAGGGGAUCUCUGCAUUUCCCCAGCUCUGGAAUCUCUUGCAGGGGGCCAGUAUGUUUGUUUCAGCUGGGACACAGGACUCUUCACUGGGGCAAAACUGAGGAGGCAAAACCAGCGAUGCAGCUUCUCAGCAGUUUCCUGAAGCUUCUUGUGGCUCUUGCGCUGCAGGCAUCACACACUCAGCAGUGGGACAGGUUCAGCAGAAACAGCACCUCAGAAGGGCAAGUCCUGCCCUUCCAGGAGGUUUGGGGCCGCAGUUUCUGUCGGCCCUUGGAGAUGCUGGUGGAUAUUGUGUCCGAGUACCCCAGUGAGGUGGAGCACAUGUUCAGCCCUUCCUGCAUCUCCCUGCAACGCUGCACCGGCUGCUGCGGAGACGAGACACUGCAGUGUGUCCCAGUGGAGAUGGCCAAUGUCACCAUGCAGCUCCUGAAGAUGAAGCCAGCGGGGCAGGUGCCCUAUGUGGAACUGUCCUUUACAGAGCACAGGCAGUGCGCCUGCAGGUAUGGACCAUCCAGGCUCAUUCUUAUCCACCAUGCAGGGAGUUGCCGAGAGCAGGAGAGACCCCAGGGUGUGUCACCUCUUACGGUGAAGGCCUCAAACCCUUCCACAACCCGGGGGUUGGCAGGCCACCAUGGACCCCUUGCUAAGUGGCUCUCCAGCACCAUCUAGUGGCCUCUCACGGACAUAUAGAGGCUGUUCCAGAACUGCAUUGUUUUCCAGCUUGCUCAGAAGCUCUGACUCCUGAAGAAUGAGUCAGGCCUAGAUUUUCAAAAGUGACCUCUGGUUUUGGAUGCCUCAGUGUUAGGGGUUCAAACUGAGAGACCUGAGGCCUGAUUUUGAGAGGUGUGGGGCAACUACAGCUCCCGUUGCCACCAGCUGAAUUUGUGGGUGCUUAGCACCUCGGCAAAUCAAGCACGAGGGAUGUCAGUUUGGAUUCCCAAA